GUCUUAUAGCGCGCCAAAAGUUUGUUGGUAAUGGAUUCAGUUUCGUCUUCGAUUUCCUUUUCGCUUUCUGUUGUUGUUGCGUUGGGUUUCUAAAUGAUUAUGGGGGUACUUAGUUUCCCUUACAGAUUCAAAUUUAUGGUAGUUUAGUUCAUUAUUUACUUUCGUCACUAUUUGCUUUUGAUACAACUAAUUCGACGGUUUUGUGUUUUAGAUUAAUUUAUCUGUAUGGAUGUUCGUGUCAGGCUUCGGCCUUGGCUGGAAAGUCGACUAAAUGAUGGGUGGUUUGAAGGCCUUAAAUGGCUUGAUAAAGAAAAGGGGGUAUUCCGAAUACCUUGGAAACAUCACAGCAAGCACACAUGGACUGAAGCCGACGCUGCCAUUUUCAAGGAUUGGGCUGUUGUUACUGGAAGGUUUCGUGAGGGUAUCGAUAUUCCUGACUGGCCAAUGUGGAAGACUCGACUACGUUGUGCUCUAAACAAAGCACCAGAUAUACAAGAAGUUAAGCAGCGGCAUAACUUGCAUUGUGAGAAGCCCUUCAAAGUGUAUAGAUUUGUCAGUAAGACAGAGUCACUUUGGCGAGCAAACGCAAUGAGAAACGCUAGUUUGAUAUUCGAUGGCAUACCACCAAUUUACGCAUUGACUUCAAAUAUACCGAAUACGAAUACUUCUCGUGUUAAUCCCACUUUCUCCCAUUCAAGACGAUCUACGUUAGCUGUCCAGAAAUUGCCUGGAAUAGGACAUGGAUCGCGUCAGUUUGCAUUGGUUAGGGGGAACGAUGGCGUCCUUAUGAAGCAAAUACAAUCCAACCAAUAUGGUUCAGCUUAUAUACUACAAGGUCAGCAGCCCAACCCCUAUCGAACUUACCGCAAUUCUGUAAACAUGGUUUCUAAUCAUAAUUUGGGAUGCGUUAGUGAAACUAUGAAUGUAGAUAGUCGAUUUAAAAUGCAUCCAUUAAGCAUUUCUGAUUACCAAAUGAUCAACGGUAACACUGCAUCUGACGACCUAUCGCUCCCCACUUGUUUUGUCCCUGGAGUUGUUCCAUUGGACCAGUCGCUUGUACUAAUACCUGAUAUUUUGGAGCCCGAAUAUCACCAGUUAGCUAUACGUAUACAACAUUUAAAUGUACGCGUGAGAGAUACUAUUAUUACUAAUCCAAAUGGUUGUUGUAUAUUCUAUGGAAGAUUUGACGAGAUCGCAUCUCCUACUGCUCCUGAACCAGUUGAAACGCUGAUUCCUCAUCAGAUUUCAGUAGCUAAUAAGCAUUAUGUAGACCUCCUGCUAGAGAAUAUGGUCAAAGGAAUCAUCUUAACAGUUAUUCAGGGCAGUAUUUAUGUCGAGAGGGUAUGCAAAUGUGCUGUCUUUGUGUAUAUACCAACGGUCAGUGGACAACACGUUUUAUUAAAGAAACUUGGGCGUCGAUUACGGGAGAAAGUAUUUGACUAUGACCAAUUUGUAUUUCAACUAGAGUCGUAUCGUCAAAACAAGCAGCCACGACCUCAUUUUGAAAUUGUUCUUGCAUUUGGUCAGCAGCUAAAGCCUGGUAUAUCUACUGACAGUCUAUUGGUGUGGUCUCGCGUUGCCAGCUGUCGUGCAUGGUUUCAUUUAUAUCAAUCUGAUUUUGUCAUGGCACAUAGCUACGAUGAGUACAGUAACAAUGUACAUUUAAAUAAUCCAAUGCCUUCCAUGUACUACCAAACUGCUGACAGCUCAGAACAACCAGACUAUAUUGUUUUGAAUCAUUUUAAUCAAAAUCAAAAUCCCAAUGAAUAUAAUGGUUACAGUAAAAUGCAUACUGUUGCGAAAUCCGACCGAACUGAUCCUGUUCAGGAACACGUACCUACUAUUAAUUUUGCAGAUACAACAUUAGAUACGGAUGGUAUUGGCACUGAGCAGAUAAUUGAAGAAGGCGUCGAAGUUCCUUUGGAUGAUACCGAUGAUUUAACCUAUGAUACUUCAGGUUCUGUGUUGCAGGAAAAUCUCAUCGUUUGUGAUCCAUCUCAAGAUGUCAGUUCGGUUCCUGUGUGUACUCCAAGUUCUUCAGUUUCUCAGGAUGUAUUUUUGAGCAGUGUUGACACAAUAGAUUUAAAAUCUCACUUACUUUCUGGUGUAAAUGAUACAAUUACAAACAACUUCAAUUCACAUUUUAAAGAGUGAUACCUAUUCAACUUUGUAUAGAAUCAACAAUUUUCCUUAUUUCCCUAGAAACUGUUUGUAGGCAAGCGUGAUAGACCCUUUCAUAUCUGUUUAUACUUAUGUUCUUAUGUUACUCUAUAUAUGCUCGGAAAAGAUAAAUACUACUUUCUUUGUAUUCAUUUCAAUCAUGUGAUUUUUUUGUUACGUAAUGAAAUGGUGUGUCCUUUAAUUUGUUCAGGCAGGUUAAUAAAUCACGAAAUAUCGGCGGUAAACACAUUAGGUAAAUUGCCUUUAGUAUUGAUGGCUUCCUAGAAG